AUGUCUAUAGAGUACGUGUUAGUGAGUGAGGGCGAACAAGACGAGCCCAUCGAGUUGCCGACAGAAGAAGAUGGCUCGCUGUUAUUGAGCACGGUAGCCGCGCAGUUCGCUGGCGCUAGUGGCCUUAAGUACCGAUCAGGUGGACGAUUGCGCGGCCUGCGAUUAACCGACGAGCACGUACUUCCCCCUGCAGAUGGUUGGGCCGCGAACCGAUACUUCUGUGCCUUCCCGCGAGCCGACAGCACCGCUUUAAUGCCCCGUCCCCGUUGCUCCGAUCUCAUAGUCCUUGGCUUACCGUGGAAAACUGGUGAAGAAGCAGUGCGCGACUACUUUGCUGCGUUUGGGGAGCUUCUAAUGGUCCAAGUGAAACGCGAUAUGAAAACGGGUCUGUCUAAAGGUUUUGGUUUCAUCAAAUUUGCGGACUAUGAGGCCCAAAUGAGAGCACUCGGUAGGAGGCACAUGAUAGAUGGACGAUGGUGCGAUGUCCGUAUUCCUAAUAGCAAAGAUGGAAGUUCUGCAAACCACAGAAAAGUGUUUGUAGGUAGGUGCACUGAAAGUCUAACUGCAGAUGAUCUUAGAGAAUACUUUGGGGCAUUUGGACAGGUGACUGAUGUAUUUGUGCCUAAACCUUUCCGAGCUUUCAGUUUUGUGACAUUCUUAGAUCCCGAAGUAGCCCAGUCUUUGUGCGGGCAGGAUCACAUAAUUAAAGGGGUAUCAGUCAACAUCUCAAGUGCAUCACCGAAACGAGAACGUGGUACGAGGUCACAAUUAGUAGGAUGGGGAUUGGUGGAUAGCACAGCAAGAGUCUACAGUUGGCCACCAGACGCCUGGCACCACUCCAAUCACUCGACCCAUCCACACACGGCAGCAGUACCUGAUACUAAACCCUACCUCAAAUAUGAGUGA